AUGACCUUUUGUUCUCAUGGAGCUGUAGGGUUUCCCGUAUGUGGUUCCUGUUUGAUUGAGUCUAUCCAAGACGGGCGGCCUUCUGCAAUGCUGUAUGGAAUGUUAGCCAACGUUGAAAAAGAGAUCAACCGAUUCAGCGAACAGUGCCCUGUUUCUGAGCUACCACAUACCAUUCAGAAACUGUGUGACGUUAUGUGCUAUAUUACAGCUGAUAUUUCACGCACCUACGGUCUGCGAUUUCUAUUUUACGUGCGUGGCUAUAUUUCAUUUGAUUGUCUUUUGAAGGUACUGAACAUGCUGGCUGAGCGAGUAGAAGUAGACCCUGAUACUUGGGCUGUUACCCUAUUAAUUAUUUUCUGCUUGGCACUACCGUGUAAGAAUGCAACGGCCAAAGAUCCAGCAGAGACAUCAGUCGCCGGCCUUCUUCAUGGCCUCCCUCAGUACAUCAGAAUGCUAAGAGUUUACAUCGAAACCGGUGGCAAGGAGAUGUUGAUUGGAGCUCUACUGCUCGUUUACACCCUCGCUCUUCGUCUCUCAAUUGCAUUGCUAGGAAAUCACAACCUGAUCGUAGGUCAUGAAGACGCACUGCGGCAGUUCCACAGAAAGAUCCAGGAGUGCAUCAAGUUAUGUGAGGGGUUAGCGGUUGCUGAUAGAAUUGCAACCCAGGAUACAACCCUUGCGUUGCUUUGUCAAGAGGCUAUAUUUUCCAUUAUCCCGCUAAGAGGAGGAGAUAGAAAGAAAAAGGGAGCAAACAAUAGAUAUCUUCAGGGACAGGUUGCUAAGGUCGAUAAACCUGACGUGGAACCAGACUAUAGGCGGAUGUUAGCAUCAUUGACCGCGUGCUUCUCCACAUCCUGUUUGGAUGCGAUAGAUUUUAGUGGUGUCUGUUAUACAUCAACCGGCAAUGCUGUGCAUACCAUCUAUAGUUGUCUAGAGCCAAUUUUAUCUGAGGCCCGCGAAGGGUUUGGGAUAUUGCAGCAAACAGUUGAGCAAUGUAACGUUAGUACACUGAUUAACUUGUUUUUUCAAUGUCAACUGCAUGGAACCGUGACAAAGGCGGCAGUCCUCAAAUUGCUGUCUGGGAUAGUCGCCACAUAUGGUGUACAACAGUCUGGAGCCUUUUUCAAUUCUACCCCUGCCUUCCUCAGAGAUGCCUUCUUGAUAGAACUCAAUACCAUGGUGAAACUAAAACUACUUCAGGAGGAUACUGCAUCGGCGUCUGUUGUUGUAUCUGGCAUUAUAUCUUCAAAAACCAGUUAUUCUGCGUACUCUGCAUGUAUUGAUUACUUGAACGAAGCUGUCGAACAUCCCCUCACCCACGGUACAGCGGAGUUGCUGUCUCUGCCCAUCAUUGUCAGUCGUGAUGACUUCCCCUGUUUUGUCUCUAAAAUCAAGUCUGGCCCAGACGAUUCUGCAAACCAAUUCAUAUGCAAUACAAAAAGCAUACUCAUUAUGCGCCAUAUAAGUAGCAAGCUAAAGCAGGGGCGCGUUGCAUCGGUAAGCACCCUAGUAGACCUCCUGGUUACAUAUUGUUCCGGCACGUCUCUAUUUGAUGCUACAGCAUGGAGAGAACUAAACGAGAUAAUUGAAGAAAUGCUUGUAUUAAAAUUAGAACCAGAAGAUUGGUAUCGCCUAUUUCAGCUUCUUUCCCCUUUAUUACACAUAUUAUUUGAGUCAGAAGCAAAUGAGGAAGACAUAAGGGAUCAGGAAAUACAGAUUCUGAAGACUCAAGUGCUCGACCAUUUGAUGAAGCUAACAGCACAAUAUUGGGGACUAAAGGACUGUCCAUCCAUAGCCCUCCUCGCCACUGCUAUCGAUAGUCUUAAGCUUUACGGGCGCGGAGCCCUUAAUUCUAUGGACAGCGUGCUAUUCUGGAUAGUUCUGUCGCACUUGGUCCAGAAUAAGAAGCCAUUCGACAUCGUUGGAACCGUGAGCUUUAUUCUUACCAGGCUUGAUUUUUUACAAGAGGAACCAGACGGUGCUGCUACAGCCCAGCGAUACCUUGCUGUUUUAAUAGCAAUCUAUCUAGGUCAAUCAGAAGAAUAUAGAACAGCUGAGACGGGAAGAAACCUUUAUUCCCAGAUAUGGCGUCACCUUGCUCGCACUACAGGGCAUUUAUCAUCCUGUUCGUGUGAAGAGGAAAUGUUUUUGGUGUAUGCAUUGAAGAGUCGCGGUCUUCUUGUACAACGAGAGGAGAGUACACGCCAGAGAGUACAGCUAGUGUGUGCUUGGCUUGCAAGAAAGAAGCAGGUCAGACAGCAGCUUGGUCCGUCUCUCACAGUUCAGCUCUCCUUUCUUGAUACGGCACAGAACUAUCGUGAGGUGUAUCCAGUCAUGGAUAUUGUCUUCAAUAGAUACAAACCUGAAGAGUACCUUACAGAUCUCUGCACUCUCCCUCCAAUCGAUGCUAAAGGCCUUUGUAACAUUAUAGGGCUAUCAAGCAUUAGUCCGGGCUUUUCCACAGUGUUUGCAGAAUUGCUAUUGUGCAAACUCUGCUGCGAUCGUCUCCAGGAUGCCGGUGUCAUCAGAGGGACGGGCAGCGGCUCUAAUUCUUUGCAAAGGACAGAGCCGUCACAGGCAGCGAUGGACGCGCUUGAGCGUCUUUUUAAGCGUACGAGAUCCAAGCAAACAACGAGUACUCUUCUGGGUAUCCUACUUGUGUGCAUGCAUCUGUUAGACAUCGACAUUUCUGGCCAAAGUCGAACGAUCAUUGAAGCCAUGCUACCAGCCAGAGAAGUGGAUGGACCAAUAGACCAUGAAGUCUCCUGGUUGUACGCAGCUCUAACUCUGCUACUGUGCAUAAAGACUUCGCAGGACAAUUUUUCUACAGGGAUGCUAUCACAUAUUUCGGGAGAGCAUGGUCCCAGCAGAAGCGAUGAGGAUCCUAUUGUUAUUUUGCUGGCCAUCAUGUGUCACCUCAGACACCCAAUAACCAUAGAGUCUGCUUGCAAGAUUGGGGUGGCGAUGGGAACGCUAUCAAUUCACAUGUACAGAUGGCACCAUGCAACUCCAGGAUAUGUGGCUGAAUAUCUUCGCGAGAUAGAGGGUAAUAUCGCUCACAAUCAUGCUGUAAAGGCUAUGAUUGACCAAGGCUUUGUCUUUUGCCCUGGUGAAACUGCUAGAAAAUUCACCAAAUUAGAAGAGAAACUAUCAUGGAACGCUGUUAUCAAAGGGAGCAACGAAACAGGGUGUCUUUCAGUGGCAAAACGAUUACUCUUCCUUACGUUGACAAGGCAACUAUGUGAUAAAUCGAAGGCGGUGACCAUCGAGAAGCCUAUUGCAUCGUCGCCCGCUUGA